AUAAAUUAACAAAGAUAUAUUUAUCAUUUAUGAUUUAUCCUUCUAAUGAAAUAGAGAGAAAAAGUAAAUAAAUUAUAAAAUAAAUGAUUUUUAUUCAAUAAAAAAAAAUUCACGGUAACUUUCACAAGUGACAUAUAAAGUUUCGUUAAAUUUCAUUUGUAAUUUCAAGUUAGUUGAAAUUUUUGAGAACCGUCUUUCGAUUAAAUGUCAAUACUACUACUACUACUACUACGAGGGCUUUAAAAAAAUAUAACGUCGUCAUGUCGUAGGGGAAAAUAGGCCCAAAAAAAAAAGUAUUUUUUUUUUUCUAGUGAAUUAAUUAAAAUUUACGUGCGUGUGUGUGUAUAUAUAUAUUUUUUUUAUAUGUAGAUUAUGAAAAAGUCGAGUAAACAUCGAACGGGUGUGGGUAAUAUUUCGCAAGUGUGUUUUACAGACGUCAAGAGGGAUAAAGGGGACCCUCGUGAGAGUCUGUCAAAUUUUUACAUGAAGGAACAAGAUAUCCCCGAAUAUUUAGAGGGCUGUGGUCUCAGCACUUGUUCAUCAGGCGAUAAUAUGCCUGAGGCAGUUGAUGUAUUUCGCGAACAACAACAACAACAACAGUCCAAGGAGAAAAAACUCUCCUCCGCUUCAUUGUCCACUUCGGAGACAAAAAAAACUGUCACCGUUAAACAUCCCGAAUCGAAUAAACCAAAACCAACUGCCAAAAAAAGCAAACCCAUACAGGCUGACUUGGACGUAUCUAAGGAAUUUAUAAGAUGUCGUGAUGAAUGUGUAACAAGGCUUGAUUUAAGUAAAUCAAGUAUAUCACAACUUCCAAUAACAGUUCGUGAUUUAACGCAUUUGGUGGAAUUUUAUCUUUAUGGAAAUAAAUUAGUGACAUUACCAUCGGAAAUUGGAUGCCUUGGCAAUUUAAAAAUACUUGCACUCAACGAAAAUUCACUAACGAGUCUUCCCAAUAGUCUCGAGAAUUUAAAAUCCCUAAAGGUCCUUGAUCUUAGGCAUAAUAAAUUAAAUGAAAUUCCCGAUGUUGUUUAUAAUUUAACAUCGUUGACAACAUUAUUUUUACGUUUUAAUCGCGUUCGUUAUGUUAGCGAUCGUAUAAGAAAUUUAAUAAAUCUAACAAUGUUGAGUUUAAGGGAAAAUAAAAUAAAAGAAUUACCAGCAGGCAUUGGAAAACUCGUCAAUUUAAUAACAUUCGAUGUAUCACACAAUCAUCUUGAACAUUUACCAAAAGAAAUUGGCAAUUGUAUACAAUUAUCAACAAUUGAUUUACAACACAAUGAACUUCUUGAUAUUCCCGAAACAAUUGGAAAUCUCACGUCAGUCACGAGAAUUGGAUUAAGAUACAAUCGUCUCACGAGAAUUCCAAAAUCAUUGGCAAAUUGUAAAUCAAUGGAUGAAUUUAGUGUUGAGGGUAAUCAAGUUUCACAAUUACCCGAUGGUUUACUUUCAAGUUUAUCGGAUUUAAAAACAAUUACAUUAUCGAGAAAUGCCUUUACAUCAUAUCCAUCGGGUGGACCAUCGCAAUUUACAAAUGUCUAUUCAAUAAAUCUUGAGCACAAUCAAAUUGAUAAGAUACCAUAUGGAAUAUUUUCGCGUGCAAAAAAUUUAACAAAAUUAAAUAUGAAAGAAAAUCAAUUAACAGCAUUGCCACUUGAUAUUGGUACAUGGAUUAAUAUGGUUGAAUUAAAUCUUGGUACAAAUCAAUUAACAAAAAUUCCCGAUGAUAUUCAACAUUUGCAAAAUUUGGAAAUUCUCAUAUUAUCAAAUAAUUUAUUAAAACGAAUACCAGCGAGUAUUGCAAAUUUAAAUAAAUUACGUGUACUUGAUCUUGAGGAGAAUAAAAUUGAAACAUUACCAAAUGAAAUUGGCUUUUUAAGGGAAUUACAAAAAUUAAUAUUACAAUCAAAUCAAGUGACAUCAUUGCCAAGGGCAAUUGGUCAUUUGACAAAUUUAACGCAUCUCAGUGUUGGUGAAAAUAAUUUAAAUUAUUUACCAGAGGAAAUUGGAACACUUGAAAAUCUCGAAUCACUUUAUGUCAAUGAUAAUGUGAAUUUACAUAAUUUACCAUUUGAAUUGGCGCUUUGCACAAAUCUCAGUAUUAUGUCAAUUGAAAAUUGUCCACUCUCUCAAAUACCAGCGGAUAUUGUUGCCAAUGGACCAUCGCUUGUUAUUCAAUUUUUAAAAAUGCAAGGUCCUUAUCGAUCUAUGUAACAGGAUCAAGUAAGCUAAUUGUAUAUUUUCCUUUUUUUUUUUAUUUUUAAUUUCUCUCUCUUUUUAGUAUCAUUUUUAAUAAGAGAUACAAAAGUAUUUUUAAUUCUAAAUUUUUUAAAUUAAAUGUAAAAAUUUUGUCAUCGAAUUUUUCACGGUCUUCCAAAAUAUUCAAAAUCACUUUCCCCCUCCCCCCGAAACGUGUGUGGUUCUUUCAAAAUUUGUCUUGACUUAAAAAUUUUUUAAAUAAAAUUCGCAACGUUUUUAAAAUAAAAUAAAAUUUAUUUCCUAUUUUCAAAAAAAAAUUAGGAAUUUUAUCAUUAGUUAGAAAAUAGUUUUUAUUAAUUCUUUUAAUACACUUUUUUUAAAUCAUUAGUAAAAAAAAUAAAUAUUUAAACGUUGCAAAAUUCACAAAACGGGAAUUUAUGAUAUAAAAAUAAAAAUGCAAAUUAAAAUAAUUAUCUAAAUAUUAAACAGUUUUGAGAAAUUUUUCGUUAAAAAAUUACCGUAAAACAAUUUUUGAAAAUUAGAAAAAGAAACUUCUAUUUUUCUAAUUGAAAAAAUUGAUCAAUAAUACUCCGCCUGAAAUAAAUUCAUUAAUAUAAUUAUAAAAAAACAAAAAGCUUUAAAAGCUUUCAAAUUAUAGGAUUUGAAUUGAUAAAACUAAGAAUGAAUGAAAAUUUAAUUCUAUAGAUGAAAAUAAAAAGAAUACUAUAUAAUUUUGAAAAUAAAUUGCAAAGAAUAAUUGAAAAUUAAUUUGCAAAAAAAAAAAAAUACGAAGAUUAAUUAAAAAUUACAGUAAAUAAAUUUCAAAUUUUUUUGUUUUGCAAGAAAUUUGUGAAAAAUAAUAAAAGUGAUUACUGUUUUUUAUAUAUAUAUAAUAAUAUAUAAAAUAAAUGUCAAUUGAGUUUCAUUUAACUCGAUGUUGUUCGUUUACAUGUUUGUUGUCACUACUUUUGCAAUAUUAUUAUUGCAGAGUACUUUGUACGUUUUAUUAAAACAUUUAAUUUAAUUUAAUUGUUCUCAGCGCAUAAAAGGAAUAAGUGCCAAUGUUGUAAUGUUGAUUUUUUUUUAUCUUAAAAAGAAAAAAAAAUUAUCGAUAUAGAUAGAAAUCUAUUUCAUCAAAUUUAUAAUUUUUCAUUACACGAUCUCUUAUGAAACUAUUCACUAUUAUUGAUUUAAAAUAUAAGCUCAAAAAUAAAUCAGCCUUAAGCAAAACUGUGCCAUUUUUUUUUCUUCAAUUUAUAUCACAAGAAAAUUUCACAUUACUUUUAUUCGAAAAUAUUUAUUUUUACAUUAGAAAAAAAUCUCUUCACUUGAAAAAUCAUUUUUCUUCUUUUAAAUAUAUUUUCUUUUUUUCUAAAGAUCUACUUUCAUCAUACAUUUUGAUAUUUAUUAAUAAAAAAGAGAAUUUUUGAGUAAAAUAUCAAUUAUUAUACUCAAAUUCUAUUGAAUUUUUAAAACAAUUCGAUUUUUUCGUAGAAAAAAAAUUGUCUAUGUCAAAGAUUGACUUUUAGAUUUUUUCUGAUAAGAGUUUAUGAAAAUAAUUAUAAAAAAAAACUCUGUAUUUACGUAUCGGUCAUAAAGGAGGGAAAAAUAGGAGAUUCUUGUUGGUUCAUUGUUAAAAAAAAACUUUUUGUUGAAAAAAAAAUGUAAAUUUUUCUUUUUUAUUUAAAACUAUUGACCUUAAAAUAUAAAAUUUGUUUAAUUAUUCGAAAAUUCAUGUAAAGAAAAAUGUUUGUAAAUAAAAAUCGAUUUCAACGAAUUUUUAAUCCAACAAGAUUCGCCAAUUUUUUUUUUUUUUUUUCAUUGAAUCUUUGUAAAUGUUACUCGAGUUCAACUACUGAUUAAUAUUCAAAAAGUUCUAAAUAAGCGAAGCGAAGGAAAAUUUUCUUUUAAAUAAAAAAUUUUUUUAAAUAUAAAAAAUUAUAAAUUUCAAAUGAAUUUAAUUAAAUACGUUAAUAUUAAAAUUGAAAAAAUAUUUUUUAAAUUAUUUCAAAAAAAAUAUUUCUAGAAAACAGGUUGAGAGAUUAUAAAUGAUAAAUUGAAUUAUGAUUAUUUUUGAAUCACGACUUCGUAAAUAUUGAGAACUUUAAGAGCAACUCCGGAUUAUUGUCUCAAAAGUAUUUUUUAUUAAAAUCUGACUUAAUUGUAUUAUUAAUCCAUAUUCCUGAAAUUUUGAAUGUUCAGAUAAAGGUAAAUUUUUUUAACCAAAUUUUUUUUUUUAAUUUUAUUAAUAUAAAAAUAAUUAUAAAAAUGAAUAUAUAUUUUAUUUAAAUCUAAAUAAAUUAAAAUCAAUUUUCAAAAUAAUUAUUUAAAAUUACUUUUUUUUAAAAAAUAAUAAUUCAAGUAAGGGAGAAAUAUUUCUUUUAAUAUGAAACUUCAAAAUUUGAGAAAUAUUGAUUAAUUUCCACACGUUAAGAUGUAUCCAGUUUUUAAAUAAAAAAAAAAUCUAUAUUUACAAAAUGUAUGUAAAAAUAUUUAUAGUUUUGUAAUACUAUCGUUAUACGAGAUAGAUGUAAUAUUGAAGAUAGCCAAUCUGUUAUUUCAAUGAAUGUGAUCGAAAUUUUAUAUUUAAUAUAACAUUAAUGAUAAUUAAAGAUAUGAAGCAAGAUGUCAGUUUUUGUGAAAAAGCAUAAAAUAAUAAAAAUCACUGUGUCAGAGAUGAAAAAAGAAAAAUAAAAAAUAGAAACAUGGAUAAAGUCAGAAAAGAGAUAUUUUAUUAUUAUAUAAUGAAAAUCAUUUUUCUAUAUGUUAUUCGACAAUUGACAAUUGUGAUUUUAAAAAAAAACAGAAACAUAAGAGUUUUGCCUUCCAAGAUAUGUGAAAUUACAUUGAAAAUUACCUGGAUGGAAAGAACAAUUGUAAUUUUAUUAUUAAUCCUUUGAUUUGGAACGUUAUUUUAUUUUUUAAAAAUAAAUUCUACAUUUUUGUUUAAAAUAAAUAUCGUUAUAUUUUUUUAUUUUUAAAUUAAAUUUUAAAAAAAUGUUUAUAUAAUUUAAUAUUUAAAAUUUACUCAAAAAAAAAGAAAUGUGAAUUUAAAACUGAAAUUUAAAAUUCAAUUGUUUUUCACAUCCUAUGGUUAUAUUGAAUAAUGUGAGAGAGAGAGAGAGAUUGGCGCUGCAAGAACUUUUGUAAAAAAAAGAAAUAUAUGUCUUUAAUUUGUUAAAAGAUGAGAAAAAAUUCUCAUUGAUUUUAUAAUAAUAAAUAAGUUGUUCGAAAUGGUUAAAAAGCAUUUUGAGUGUAACUCGUGUAGUUUGUAAGAAAAACAGAAGUUUACGCGAACGUAACAGAAAAUAUUCUUUUAUAUAUAUAUAAUAUAAAAAAAAAUAUAAAUACAAGUAUUUUAUCUGAUAGUGAAUUCGAGAUAAUUAGAAGAUUCAAGAUUAGUUAAUUAUUGUCAAAAAGUAAAAAAAAAAAAAAGAAAAACUUGUUUUAUUCACAUACGAGUGCAAUCGAAAUUUUAAUUUUAAAAAUAAUAUAGAUUUGAAAAACAAUCUUCGAUAACACUUGGAAUUAUUUCAUUUUCAUAGAUUUUUUUCUUAAGACUUGCCUCUAAACUAGUAUCUUUCGUAUCAUACCUCAGGGCAAAAAUACUUUUAACCAUCCACAAAAGUUCUUGUAGAUUAUCAUUAGAUAGAUAUUUGAAAUAAAAAAAAUUAUUGUAAGAUUAAAAAAAAAAAAAAAAAGAAACAAAAAGAACAAGAGUGAGAUAUGAAAAGAGAAAAAAAAAUACUUUAUUGUGUUUAUAAAUACAAUGAAAUAAAUUUAUUAUAAUAGAAAAAAAUUUUAAUGAAAUAUUUAAAAAAUUUUCGGUGAAAAUAAACAAUUUUCCCUAAAACUUGAAUAAUAUUUUGAUAAAAUUUAAUUGAAAAAAAAAAAAUAAUUUCUCUCAGUAAAGGCAUUUACUAUUAUAAACGUCAUAGAUAUAACUUUAAAAAAAAAUUAUUGCUUUCCGUAUAUAAUAAAAAGAAGAAAAAAAUAAGAGAAAAAAAAAAUGAUUGAAAGUUAAAAGAAAAAGUGUAAUAUUAAUUUGUUAAAGCAAACUGUUAAACAGUUUUAAAAUGCCAUAGACGUCCUAUAUAAAUUGCACGUUCUGAGAGUGGACUUUACGUGAAUAUUAAUUAAAAAAAAUAAUUAAAUAAAGCUGAAUAGUCAACUAUUCUCGUAUCGUGAACUUGUUGAAAAAAAAAUCGUAAUAUUACGUGUACAAUUAAAAAAAAAAAAAAAAAAAAAAGAAAUAAUAUGUAAUAUUAAUGUAUUUCAGUGUAUAUUAUACUUAAUAUAGAUGAACGUAUAUAAAUAUUUCUAAAUAUACAAAAAUGUACUGUA